AACCAAACAUGAAUGGAACGGAAGGUCCGAACUUCUACGUGCCCAUGUCCAACAGGACGGGUUUGGUGCGCAGCCCGUUUGAGGAGCCGCAGUACUACCUAGCAGAGCCGUGGAAGUACUCGCUCCUGGCGGCGUACAUGCUCUUCCUCAUCAUCACUGCAUUCCCCGUCAACUUCCUCACGCUCUACGUCACCGUGCAGCACAAGAAGCUGCGCACGCCGCUCAACUACAUCCUGCUCAAUCUGGCCGUGGCCGACCUGUUCAUGGUGGUGGGAGGCUUCACCGUCACCCUCUACACCUCGCUGCACGGAUACUUCGUCCUGGGGGUCACCGGCUGCAACAUCGAAGGCUUCUUCGCCACGCUGGGUGGUGAGAUCGCGCUGUGGUCUCUGGUGGUUUUGGCUGUCGAGCGUUAUAUUGUGGUGUGUAAGCCGAUGACAACGUUUCGUUUCGGAGAGAAGCAUGCCAUCGUGGGAGUGGGCUUCACCUGGGUCAUGGCCCUCACCUGCUGCAUGCCGCCCCUGCUGGGCUGGUCCAGGUAUAUUCCAGAGGGAAUGCAGUGCUCCUGUGGAAUAGAUUACUACACUCCCAAACCUGAGAUCAACAACACCUCGUUUGUCAUCUACAUGUUCAUCCUGCACUUCUCCAUCCCACUGCUCAUCAUCUUCUUCUGCUACAGUCGCCUUCUCUGCACUGUCCGUGCGGCCGCUGCUCAGCAGCAGGAAUCAGAGACGACCCAGAGGGCCGAACGGGAAGUGACACGUAUGGUGGUUGUCAUGGUGAUCUCGUUCUUAGUGUGCUGGGUGCCGUAUGCCAGUGUGGCCUGGUACAUCUUUGGUAAUCAGGGGGCGGAGUUUGGUCCUGUAGUCAUGACGAUACCUGCUUUCUUUGCUAAGAGUGCAGCGCUUUACAACCCUGUCAUCUACAUCAUUCUCAACAGACAGUUCAGGAACUGCAUGCUCACUACGGUCUGCUGUGGAAAGAACCCGUUUGGUGAGGAGGAGACCAGCAUGACGGCCUCCAGUAAGACUCAGUCCUCUGUGGUCUCAUCCAGUCAGGUGGCUGCCGCCUGACCGACAGCUG